CAGUCAGGUGACUUUCCCCGGAUUUCAAUAUCGGUGAGAUACCAACCAGCAGCUGACCUAACGGGACAGGCCUGGCUGUCGAUAUAAGUAUAGCUGUAAUUGGGGACAGCACCGUCAUCGACACAGCUGUUGUUUUACCUCGGUUUCAAAAGAAAAGAAAAAAACCCAACACAAAACCGUAACAGAACCUAGUGUUAUCGCACACUCGCACAGGUGUGUGUGUGCCCGUGCUACCUAUAGAUCUGCGACAGACGUCGACACCGGCGGUGAUACUGAGGAUGGUGUCGAACAAGACCCUUUUUCUCGCCGUGUUGUUUGCGGCCUCGUUUCUCGUGUUUGCUCUCUUUACCUGGUCGGACAGCGUGCAAAGACAGCGGAUAAUAUACACGGUUCAGAAAUGCGACUGUGAUAAGAAACGGGUGCCAUCACGUGAUGUAGCAGACAAUCGAAAUGCAACUACAACAAAGCGUGUAACCACGCAAAAAGUGACAACGCAAAGAGUGACAACGCAAAAAGUGACAACGCAAAGAGUGACAACGCAAAAAGUAACAAUGAAUCCCAGACUAGUCACGGAGCAGACAUGGGCAAAGAUUGCGAUGGAAUACCACACCUACGUGAACACCAUUCAAACAAAGUGCGACACAAUCGUUAGAAUGGGCAGCCACGGCGACGGCGGCUGGGAUGUCUGCGACGACGAACAAUACAGACCAAAACAGCCAUGUUUGAUAUAUUCUUUCGGUAUUAAUAAUGAUUGGACGUUUGACGACGAUGUAUCAAAGAAAUAUGGAUGUCAGGUGCAUGCUUUUGAUCCCAGUAUGAAGGUGAACGAUCACGACAGAUCAGCACUGGUCCACUUCCACAGACUGGGAAUAGCUGACAGACAAUAUACAAACUCCCAGGGUUGGCGUUUAAAUACACUGGCUGGAAUUAGACAAGAACUCGGACACUCUCAGACUAAACUUCAUAUCUUAAAAAUGGAUACCGAAAAAGCCGAAUUAUCGUCUAUACCAGACAUGAUAAAAAGUGGGGCAUUGAAUGACGUCACGCAGUUUGUUUUCGAAAUUCACUUACGGAUGAACGCACGUGACGAACCGGAACCAGACAUAGCAAAAUACGAGAUGGGACUAAAGCUACUUCGACAAAUAUAUGACGCUGGUUUUAGAAUAUUUAAAACUCACCAAAAUGAAUUUUCAAAAUACAAUUCUAAAUUUGGCCCGCGUCGGGCUGGGUGCCAUGAGCUGAACUUGGUACGGGUGCGUGUUUAGUAUAUAAUGAAAGACAUAAGAAAAUCACAUACUUUUGAAAUCAUAUUAUUUACGUGCCCAUAUUAAGAUAAAGCACGUUCAUGGGGGAGCAAGAGAUCACCGAUCUCAUAACUCUAAAAAUAAUGCAUCCCCACAGUUGAAAAUUAAAUUAAUAAUAUAUAAGAAACCCCCCCCCCCCCCCCCCCCCGUUAAUGUUGUCCAGGAUAUGCAACUCAGCUGCUCUAACAGGAUUUUAGGUGAGAGGUGACCGAUUGCAGAAUAUUACAAAGCCAAACACAUUUAGUGGGGAGAGUGGGGCAGUAAAAAAGAAUCAUGAUUGAGCAAUAUAAUCUUCAUUAGCUAGACAAACAAAGGAGUUUUAAACUAAAAGAAACACUUUCAAUAUUUCUCUUGAGUGGGAAGGAGUUGGGUGGGGGGAGGGAAGGGGGACUUCCCCUAUCUCCUGUCCAACUAGGUACAGUCGUAGAUUAGUAAAGAAAAGCGUCCUUGGCAGGAUACCACAUACCGUUGCUUUUAACAUACUCCAGCAUUGGAGGGUCCAUCAUUCAUCAUUGACAACACUAGUGGCUGUCACCCAUCCAAGUAUUAAACCAGGCCAAGGUUCCGUAACUCCAGUAUUAAAGAGACACAAUCUUUAAGCGUUGUAUUAGCUCUGAAACUAGUACACCUAGGUUCUAAGACUUAUGCCACUGAAGUUGUGUAACAGGAAGUUGUAACAAAGGAAGUGGUUGAACCAUCGGACAUAAGGCUGGUAGGGUAGGUGUAAGACCACUACACCCUCUUCUCUCUCAUUAACCACUAACAACUAACUCACUGUCCUGGGCAGACAACCCAGAUAGCUGAGGUGUGUGCCCAGGUCAGCGUGCUUGAACCUUAAUUGGAUAUAAGCACGAAAAUAAGUUAAAGAAAAAGGAGAAAGAAAAUGGUGCCAUAGGAAGUAAUGUCAUAGGAAGUGACGUCACAGGAAGUGGUAUUACAGGAUCUUGUCACAAGCUAUUUGCGAUAUAUUCAGUUCAGUAUUUUGCUUUGUUGAAUAUUUGAUGUUCACCUCAUAAUUGUUUAGUAAUAGAGAUAUUUUACAUCCCGACGUAUUCGAAUACGAUUAUUGAUUUUGUGUACUACGUCACAAGUUUGUGUACAUGAACGCUGACGACGCUCAAUCAUUCGUCUUUUACGAAUAAACAGGCUGCGAUAACCGUAAUUAAAAUGACCAUAUAAAGAUUGUAAACUAUACAUAUAAAAAAUCAAGAAUCAGAAAAAAAGAAACCAUAAAUGUGUUUUGUAACAAAUAUGGCUGCAGUGAGGCUUUUAAGAGGAUCUCGAGGGUGUAGUGAUUACAGCAGCUAAAGUUUGUUCUGUUUAACGACACCACUAGAGUAUACUGAUUUAUUAAUCAUCGGCUAUUGGAUGUCAUACAUUUGGUAAUUAGAGAGGAAACCCGCUACAUUUUUCCAUUACUAGCAAGGGAU